AUGAAUUAAUAAAACAUUAUCGAAUUCUUUCCAAACUUAUUGGAACAGUUUUAAUCCAUCCUUCUCAAUUUAUACAGAAAUGAAACCUUACAAAAAUAUCAUAGCAUCAUUCAAUAAAUUAAAACAAAAUUUCCAUUGCCAGAAUAAAUGCCAUAAUUUAUCUAUCCAAAUGUUGAAUAACUAUCAGAAUUCUUUCUUCAAAGCUAUUAACCAAUCAUUUUAGAUUUAGCUACUCUCUAUUAAAAGCCUAAUGUGAAAAUCAAGUUAUACAAAAAUGCUGUUUAUUUUGGAGAAAUAUAUCAAGAAAUGAGACAAGGAUAAGGAGUUCUUAUAAAAGAGAACAAUUAAAUUUAUGAAGGGUAUUUUGCAAAUGAUAAAAAAGAUGGAAUUGGCUUUGAAAUAUUAAAAGGAGAUACAUUUUAUCAUGGUCAUUACGUUUAAGGAUUUCCUCAUGGAGAAGGUGUUUAUAAAUCUAUUUCUCAUUCAUAUAUUGGUUAAUGGCAACAUGGAAAGAAAGUAAUUAAUUUUAUUAUAUAAUAAGAGUGGAAUUGGAUGGUGUGUAGGAAAUAAAAAUGAUUAUUUUUUAGGGAGUUGGGAGAAUGGAAAGUUUUAUGGAUUUGGAUUACACAUUCAUGAUACAAUGUAUGAUUUUUAUAUUUUAAAAUAUAUAGUUAUUUUGGUGAAGUAAUUAAUGAUUUAAAAUAUGGUUACGGUGAAGAAUACUUUCCUGAAGGUGAUAUCUAUAAAGGAUAAUAUAAGAAUGGACUACCAAAUGGUAAGGGUAAAUAUAUAUGGAAGAAUGGAAAUUCAUAUUAAGGUGAUUUUCAAAAUGGUUUGAGAUGGGGAGAAGGAUUUUGGGAGUAAAAGACUGAUAAAGGUAGUCAAUUCUAUAAAGGCUAAUAUGUUAAUGAUAAAAAAAAUGGUCAUGGCCAUUUUCAUUAUUCUAAUGGAACCGAGUAUAUAGGUGAAUUUAAUGAUGAUCAAAGACAUGGAUUUGGAGAAAUUAUUUGGCCAGAAAAAGCUACUUAUAAAGGGUAUUGGAAAUAAGGCUUAAUGGAAGGAGAAGGAAUAUAUUCUUAUGAAAAUAAUAAAUUUUAAGGUAUUUGGAAAUAAAAUUAAUUGAUAUCUUAAGAGAAAGUUCGAGUCUCUCUCAAUCAAUUUCCUUUGCUAAAUUAAUUAAAAGAUAUUGUAGAAGAUGAAGAAAUUUAAUCUCAGAUUGCUGAAGAACCUGAUCAUGAAAAAAUAGGUGAUAUUUUUAAAAAGAUCACUCUCUAAAGCAAGACGAGUUUAUGCAUUUCAGAUACUUCAAAAUUACCUUAGCUUACAUCAAUUUAAAAAUAAUCAGAAAUAUUUAUUUAUGGAUAAGCCAGUUCAUAUCCAACAUAAAGAACUAAUUAAACUUCUUCGAUUGGUAUCUAAACUGAAAUUAAUUCAAAUAAAAAAAAAUUAAUUACUGAAUUACCAUAUAUUUAGACAAAGAGAAAACAUGUUUUAUCAAGUUAUAGAAUGGAUAGUAAAACUAAGAUCACUAAAAAGAAUUUGAGUGAAUCUGUUACAAAUACUAACUCUCCUAAUACUAGAGAAAGUGAAUUUAAAAAUAAUAUUAUUCAUUAAUCUUAAGAAAAAAAAUCACGUAAAGUAAAAUAACGAUUAUCCUUACUUACAAAAGUUGAAGAAAAAGUUUUAAAAAUAAGACUUGAGAAAUAAAAAUUAAGCCCUUAUAAAUUUGAAAAAUUAUGGAGUAAAAAAGUACAUCAAGAUUCCUUAUUAUAUUAGGUUGUUAAUUAAGCUAGAUCUUUGAUAUAUCCACCUGUAUGGGUUCCUCCUUCUUUACAUCCAUAAAUAUGUAGAAAGUUUUGA